UCAGCCGAGGAACAUUUGAGAUUCUUGGGGAUUCCAGAAUCAAUUUCGAAAAGUCCAGGAAUCCGCCAAAUUGACAAACUAGCCAGGUACUUUUUCACGUGCAGAGAUCUAGCCAGGGUUGCCAGGAAACCCAAAUAUCAGCGUCUGUUCAGCCACAUCGACAUUACUCUUCUGGAGCCGGCACCGCGUGCAAUUGGAUGUAGCAAGUCAGCGUGCUAUCUUUGUGAUCUCUUCAUACGCAAGCACGGUAGAUAUGUGGUAUCACAAACUCAUGGCCGCCUUUACGAAAAAUGGACCAUACCUGAUGCUAAGUGGAUGACAACUUCACAGGCGGAUUCGUUCCGAUCCGUGGUCGAAAGCAUGAUGCAGGACAUACAAGGUAUGCUUGAGAAGUUUAGAGACAAACAACGAUACACAAAACGGCAGGGUUGGGCCCCCUACCCGCUUGAGAGCAGGGCAUGUCUACCUUCGUCAAGUAACUCCAACUUGAGCUUAGCCAAACAGCCCAUAAAGAAUGAAGCGACAAGGCAUGAAGCGGAGGGCACCGAUUCUUUCAAUGCCAUUCAGAGUCAGCUUAGAUGUCAUUCAUGGCCCAUGAUCAUACCUCCUCUCAUCAAAAUUUCAGAGGUAGAUCUACCGUGGAAUAGAUAUGUGCGUAUGAGCCAAGAGCCAUUCAGUGUUCAGGUUGAUCCGCUUUCUCUCCGCAUCGAGUUUGCAACGACUGCAAUCGGGCUUCUUUCGAUCUCUUUUUAUCGAGCCCCGAGUCUAGAUGGGAUCAAGAUUAUAGAUGCUUUGGAUAUCCCUACUGGCUCUGAAUUGGACAUCCGAGAUUCCCGAGCCUCACGAAAAAUUGCCUUUUGUAUUCGUUUUGGUUCCGCUCGGAUUAUCCAGAUUGAGUUUACUUGGGAGGGAGUUUCGCCUGUAUAA